UCGCACAGAAAUCUGCGCUACUAUAUCACCCAGAGUCACCAGGCACUAACGAAAUAUCGCCGUCAGUAAUCUGUUAACCAUGGACACCGUAUCGGCGAGCGAAGGCACUGGGAAGACGGCGAUUGAGGCAAAGGAUGAGAAAAGUGAAACGGCAGAACAUAGCGCGCACUCAGUGUCGACAACCGGUGCUGCUGACAAUGCAGGCGAGAAGGCGACGGGUACAACAAAACAGGAGCUCGAUCCGGGUCAAGCGAACGCAGGCAGCGAAGCGACCCUGACAAUUGGCGGUGCAGCAGUGGGACCAACCUCAGAGUCAAAACCAGGUGUAGCGCCCAGGGCGCAGACAGUGCCGUCUGACGAGACAGUAGCAGGUACUACUCUUGUUCCACAGAAGCAACCAGUCGCUGGAAAAUCCGUGGAAACACCGGUAGCUCCGACUGCGAAGGAGCCACCAGCAGCGGCCACCGUGUCCGACCUCCGGAGGGACAAGUUCGGACAGUGGGCGACAGGCGAUGAGGGAACAGCUGCCUGCCCUUCGCUCACCAGGGGUGUGGAUCACUUGCGCAGCCCUCAACUCAACAAGGGUAUGGCUUUUGAAUUGAUGGAAAGACAACUGCUAGGAAUCCAUGGUCUGCUGCCUCCACGCAUCAAAACCCAUGAUGAGCAAAUGGCUCUGUGCAUGCUUAAUGUGGAACAGUGCACUGAUGGCCUGAGCAAGUACAGGUACUUAAUGGGACUUCAGGACAGCAAUGAGAAGCUUUUCUAUCAUUUAUUAUCUGAUAAUGUGCAGUCCCUAUUGCCUAUAGUCUAUACACCAACUGUUGGACUAGCUUGUCAGAAUUAUGGUCUAAUUUAUAUGAGACCACGAGGACUGUUUAUAACAAUUCAUGACAAAGGACAUGUGUAUGAAAUACUCAAAAACUGGCCUGAAUCUUCUGUUAGAGCCAUAGUAGUUACAGAUGGAGAAAGGAUCUUAGGUCUUGGUGAUCUUGGUGCUUAUGGUAUGGGAAUCCCUGUUGGCAAAUUGGCUCUUUACACAGCCUUAGCGGGCAUUAAACCCUACCAGUGCUUGCCUGUAACACUGGAUGUUGGCACCAAUACACAGAAACUGCUUGAUGACCCUCUCUACAUUGGACUAAGGCAAAAGCGAGUAAGAGGAGACCAAUAUUCUGACUUUGUUGACGAAUUUAUGCAAGCAGUGGUAAAGAGAUAUGGUCAAAAUACUCUUAUACAGUUUGAAGAUUUUGGAAACUACAAUGCAUUUCAUUUGCUUGAAAAAUACAGACAAAGUUACUGCACAUUCAAUGAUGACAUACAAGGAACAGCCUCAGUAGUUGUGGCUGGAUUACUUGCCUCUUUCCGUAUCACAAAGACGCGCCUGUCUGACAACAUAAUACUGUUUCAGGGUGCUGGGCAGGCUUCACUUGGUAUUGCUGGACUCUGUGUGAGGGCAAUGCAGGAAGAGGGAACCUCUCUGCAAGAUGCAAGGGACAAGAUCUGGAUGGUAGACUCAAAAGGACUGAUUGUCAAAGAUAGGCCUUCAGGUGGAAUUACAGCUCAAAAGUCAGUAUAUGCAAAAAUCCAUGAACCUAUCAAAGAUCUUGAGGAAAUAGUUGAAACAGUGAAACCAACAGUUAUAAUAGGCGCUGCAGCUGUUAGAGGGGCUUUUACACCAAAGCUGUUAAAAACUGUGGCAAAAUUCACAGAGCAUCCCAUUGUGUUUGCAUUGAGCAAUCCUACAGAGAAGGCAGAAUGUACAGCUGAGGAUGCGUAUGUUAACACAGAUGGAAAAGCCAUUUUUGCUAGUGGAUCACCUUUUGCUCCAGUAACAUACAAAGGGAAGACAUUUUACCCUGGUCAGGGAAACAACUCUUAUAUCUUCCCAGGAAUUGCACUUGGUGUAAUUACUGCAGGGAUACGCAUCAUCAGUGAGGAUGUUUUCACUGUUGCAGCAAAGGCACUGGCCAACUUUGUCAAUGAUUCUGAUUUAGAGAGAGGUAGCCUUUAUCCACCCUUGCAUAGCAUCCAUGAGUGUUCAUUUAGAAUUGCUGUGGAAGUUGCAAAGUUUGGAUACAAAACAGGAGUUGCAUCAACAUUUCCACAGCCAGAAAACUUGGAGAACUUCAUCAAAGCACAGAUCUAUGACUUCAAUUAUACAUCUUCAAUACCAACUACAUACGCAUGGCCAAAAACUGAAAUAACGAAUGGUCAGUAACAUAAUUAGAGUGUUUCAAAUAUAUUCAUAUCUUUAAAACACACCUGUAAUGCAACUGUAUUGAACCAAUUAUUGUGGACAGAUGGAUAGAAAAGACCUGAAACAAAGAGAGCAGAUAAUUCCUACAUUUAUCGUUUUAGCACUUUUUCUCCAUUUUCAGUAUUUUAUAGAAAAUAGAAACAUAUUACUGGUAUACAUUUUUUAGUAUUAACAAAGUAAUUAAACAGAGUGUUCUUGGUGAAGUUGUCUCUGUUAAGGACAACAGUUUGUAAUGAUGAUGAUGUUGAUAAGAUGUUAAUCUCUAAGCUACCUUCAUUACUUUUCAGACAGAAAUCCCAUCAUUUAAAUAAGUUAUAUACUUGAUCAGAGAGAGAGCAAGGAAUAAUAAUAAUAAUAAUAAUGAUAGAAAGUUUUCAGUGUAAAAUGACACCACCCAGUUUCAAACAUGCUGCAUGGUAAUUUUAUCCACUUGAUUUCUGUCUUUAAAUAUCAGCUUUUAUUAGUUUUUCCAUUCUUUGAAUUUUCAUCACCUUCAUUUCCUCCCAAUUGCUGUGAAUAACUGAAAUAUUGAUCAUCUCUACUGAACACUCUGAAUUAAAAUAAACAAAUAUACCCACUGUCAAACAACUAAGGAAAAGUAAUGAAAACUAGUAAAAGCAGUUCUGUCAUGGAAUGAAGAGGAAGUUUUAUGUCUUACAGUUAUAUUUAUUUGUUAUCACAAUGUCAUUAUACUCAUUAAUAAUUCUUUA